AUGUCUCGACACUUCAAAUGUUCAUCCGAUCCCAAGCAGAAUUUGGGGGUGUCACAAGUCUACGCUAUAACACAAGGGGAGGUGGAUUUGGACACUGAUGAGGCAGCAGAUGCAAGAGUAAUUAUUGGUAAAGUUAAAUUGAUGCAACACAUGGCAUGUGCUCUAUUUGACUUUGGAGCAUCGCGGUCUUUUGUAUCUUAUGAUUGUGUGCGACGAUGUAAGUUGAAUAUGGAACCUUUGUCCAGAAGAGUCCUAGUAGCUAUUCCAGACAUGAAGGUUGUUGGAUAUACUCGAAUGGAUUGGCUAUCAAGGCACUACACUAAGACAGAUUGUCGAAGAAGGGAAGUAGUUUUUGAUGUACCCUCCAAGGAUAGAAUUUCUUACAUGGGAAAAACAAUUAGAUUAAUUCUAUCAGUAGUACUAGCAGGACAAGUUAAGAAGAGUAUGCUGAGAGGAGCUGCUGCUUAUCUUGUUGUCAUGGUUAGUCCAAUAGAAGAAUUUAAAGGAGUCAAGGGGAUUUCGAUGAUUGAAGAUUUUCCUGAAGUGUUUGAUGACGAUUUGUUUGGAUUGGCCUCAGACCGAGAAACAGAGUUUGUGAUUGAACUAGAGCCAGCAACAUCUCCAGUACAUAAGGCACCCUAUCGAAUGACCCUGACAGAGUUGAAGGAACUAAAGGUGUAG